ACCUACAAUCCACGCGCCGCGAAGAUAGACAAUGGUCAUUUGUUUCACGUGAUGAAUAUCGUUUCGCAACGUUACCAACGGUUUUACCAAUGAGUGGCAGCCGUUAGUGCACGCCGCCAAGAUGAGGCAGGGAUGCUGGACAAGCCUCCUUGGCAUUUGGCUAUAUCAGAACCACGUCUUGGCAAUUCUAGGGAUGACAACCAUUGGGCCGCAUUGCUUGACAACACGUGCGUCCCAUAUAUCUUGUUCAUUUCUCAUGGGGCAUAGCUCCUGGCCGCUAAUGAUGUUGGUCGAGGACAUGGAUAAAGAGGCGGGCAUGAUAGUAAGGUGGUGAUCGAUUGGAUUGAUGACCACGCAGCACCUGCCUUCUA